GGAAAGCUCUCAGCUCUCUAUAUAUUUCACGGUAGCACGCACCCUAGUCAUUGUAUUUCUCACGCGUUUCUCGAUCUACCACCCGCUCUCCUAACCGAUUUAAAAGGUGAAGUUCAAGCUCGCUCGAGAAAAGUACACCCCCAAGUUCUCGUUUCCGAUCUCGAAGAUGGUCAACUCACGAUUUAUCGGAUCAGCGUUUAUUCUUGCUGCAGUCACCUGCAUUUUUGCCGUACCGAUUCAACAGCUUCAUGACGAGACAAUGGGAUUAAACGAGGGAAUGUAUGCGUCGCCGGAACUCGCAGAGGCAUUGGCAAGGUCUUACGCCGCACUGGAAUGGGAGCAUAGCAAUGGAAAUUCAAUUGAUGCGGCCAUUCAAAAGCGCAAUUUAGAUCAGAUCGGAGGAGGCAAUUUGCUACGAUCACUGCAUGGACCAAAUGUACCUCAACGUGUGCGGAGUUUGGAUCCAAUCAACAAUUAUCUUCUUCGCUCUUACCAGCAACAAAAUCAGGAGUGUACCAGCAGACUUCAGAACCCUCGAGAUGAUUCACACGCAGGUCAUCUGAGACAGCCCUCUCGCUUGGUAUUUGAACGAGAUUCUGAUCUUCGCAGAAAAUCUGGAUGGCCAAACACCGUUAACGGGGUGGAAAUAUAUGAGGGAACAUUGAAACGCAACAUCGACGAGAUUGAUCGCACAGGAUUUGACAACUUUGUGAAGCGCAAUUUUGAUGAAAUAGAUCGCUCUGGAUGGGACAGUUUCGUGAAAAGACGCAUCGCAAACGCUUAUUUUUCUGGCAGACAACAUUAAGCUCUCAAAAGAACUAAACACUCUACUGUACUUAAAUCAAUAUACACUUCUACUCACUACGCUCUACCUACAUCACUGACAAACUUAAAAGUUAUAAUCGCUUAUGACUUAUGACUUAUUAUUGUAAAAGUUUGAUAUUUAUUUUUUACUUGACUACGAUUGUAGUCUAAUAAUUCUCAAAGUAUUUAUUUUUAUGACUGAACUAUAUCAUUGUUGGAUCUAUUGAUAAAUAAUAAUGUAUAGUUUUAAGGUUUAUUAUUAAGAAUAUCUAUUUUCAAAAAUAUCUAAGCGAAGAAAAGUCUAAAUUAAAAAAAAAAAAAAAAAAAAAAAAAAUACGUAUGUAACUUAUUAUAAAAAAAUAACUCAAAAAUUGUUUAAGUUUUCAAUGAUAUUUGUCUGUACUGACUAAAUGUGUAAUGUAAAAA